UGCUGGUGGCUUCCGAACGAUCCGAGAGGUGUGUGUUAACCACUGUUUCCCUCGACAACACGACAGCAUGUUCAACGUGGGAAUUUGCUCACUCUGCAAUACGAAAUGCGUUAGUGUCUGGGUUACGAAUCCUUGCAACCACGAGGUCUGCAGCAAGUGCCUCGCUCAUCGGGGUAAUCUCAAAACUUGCUUUCAAUGUUCCGAGGGUGUAGAGUUCCUCAAGUGCCCCGGUUCGCAAAACGGAUGUACCUUCAACACAGGUCAAGGUUCGUGGGACGCGCACAAAACGAACUGUUUCCAUCUCCCCGUCGAAUGCCCGUACGAGUGUCAGACCGUGGUUGCUAAGAAACGCCUUGUCACGCACAUGACAACUGAGUGCAAGCUACGACACGCCCUCUGCCGUUACUGCCACGAUACCGUGUUUCACAUCGAACUUGCCGACCACGAGGAAACUUGCUUGGAAGCGCCAAUGAGAUGCCCAUUUUGCUUCGAGGGAAACAUCAAGAGAGGUCUAUUGCAGCUCCACGCUAAGAGCUGCGAGAAGACUCCAAAGCCUUGCCCUCUGAAUGAGUACGGCUGUUCCUUCCUGGGAUUGGACAGAGUCAUGGAGGGGCAUCUCACCGUCAAAAACCAUGUCCCGUGCUUUCAGAAACUAAAGGACGACGUGGAGAAACGAGACGCGGAGAUUGCCAGCCUACGCGAUUGCGUUGACGCCAUGAAGAAUGUGAUGAUGGAAUUAGCGAGACACGGUGCUGUGUUCUUUGACAAGGAAUUGAAGUUCGCACUCCGAGCUCCUAAAGAGAGGUCCGUUUCUGCGUUCGAGUGUCCCGUGUACAGGCAUAUCAGUACAGACGCAUCGUUCACCUUUACACUGGAUACAACCCGGACAGGACGCGUGUAUCUGCGUCAGCAUCUCCUGAGUGCUGGAAAUUCAGUUAAAGGCAAGACGUUCACGGCAAUCGUCGAAGACACUGACGACAGAAAACUCGCUAAGAAGACUGGAAUCGUCUGUUGCAAUCAAAAUGUGCUCGACUGGUAUGCUGAAAGUGGCAGAUUUCAAAUAGUGACUUUUGCCGAAGAAGGGUAGAUACACGGCUAGACUAGAUAGGAGCUAGCAUUCAGUAGAAGGAUUUUGAUUGGUUUCUUGUUGCGUUCCUUUUAUGAAUAACGUCGUUUACUUUGCCGAGUUGAAAGAAGCAAGGAAGCUACGAACCUUUCCUAUACUCUGAUACACGUAGAAUGAGAGGUACGAGCCUGAUGUAGUGCAGAAGCAAGUGGUGGAAAGGCGCACAUCUGUAUGGGAUCUGAUGCAAAAUGUGCAAUACAUACUUAUCCGUUUGAGGUCCUAGACCCGCAUUCUAGUACC